AUGUCCACAUCUUCACCACCCCGCCGCAUCGUCGGCGUGUCAACAAAGAUGUACUUCUCCGCCGCCCGCACAUCCUCCUACAUCACCAGCCUCCUCUCCCUACUGCCCACUAUCCCCUCCAACACCGACGUCUUCAUCAUCCCGGACCACAUCACCCUGCUUCCUUCCAUCCAACAGCUCCGCGCCGCCUCCUCCCCGAUCCUCCCCGGCGCACAGGACUGCUACUCGGAAGACGCCGGCGCCUACACGGGCGAGGUUUCCCCAUCCGUGCUGGCCGAGGUGGGCUGUCGGAUCGUCGAGCUGGGCCACGCCGAGCGCAGGCGAUUGUUUGCCGAGACCGAUGCCUCCGCCGCCGCCAAGACCGCCGCCGUCGUCCGCAACGGCAUGAUCCCGCUCGUGUGCGUCGGUGAGACGGCACGCCAGGAUGAAAUCUCCGCGGCUGUUGCCGACGUCGCCGUCCAGGUUCAAUCUGUCAUGGCUGCCGUGCCCGGUAGCGCAGAGGUCGUGCUCGCCUACGAGCCCGUCUGGGCCAUCGGGGCCGCGCAGCCCGCCGCCCCAGAGUACGUGGUUGCUGUGACCCGGGGCAUCCGGGAGCUGGAGUGCGUGCGGACCAGGGAGGGGGCGGUGAGGAUUUUGUACGGCGGAAGUGCCGGGCCGGGAUUGUUUGAGAAGCUCAAAGAUGGGGUGGACGGGCUCUUCCUGGGCAGGUUUGCGCACGACCCGGAGCAGUUUGUCCGGACUAUUCGGGAAGUGUCCGAGGCUUGA